UGUAAAGAGAAGAAUGGAAUGCGGUGGAAAGCUUUAUGGCGCGGCAAGCCCAUCCCCACCCUGAAGUCACCGGUCCAGGUGACCGGCUAUAAAGACUCAGCGCCGCCUCCGCCCUCCACCUGUCGUCCAGGAGCCUCUUCCCGUCUCUCCGGCCCCUCAACCGUCCGGUAAGAUUUAAUUUACCUCCCGGAAGGAGGUGCAGCGUGUCGUUACCACCUCUGUUAACGGGAGUCACAGCGAACUCUUUCUCCACCGGCAGAUCCCCAUCAUGGCCGUGACCAACCAACCGGGCCGCUACGCGCCCUCCGAGUUCCAGACCGGCCUGUGUGACUUCUGCGACGACUGUGGAACCUGCUGCUACGGCCUGUUCUGCUACCCGUGUCUCGGCUGCUCCAUCGCCAGCGACAUGGACGAGUGCUGCCUGUGCGGUAUGAGCACUGCCAUCCGCGGUGUCUACAGGACCAAGUACAACAUCAACGGGUCACUGUGCAGUGACUUCAUGGCGGUCUAUUACUGCUCGAUCUGUGCCGUCUGCCAGCUGAAGAGAGAUAUCGACCUCAGGAAGAAGCAAGGCAUCUUCUAAAUAGAUUUUGUCAAAACACCAGACAAGUUGUACAUUUACUGGAUCGCUGUUCCCACUGAAGCAUUUGUGCAUUUAGCCCAAUCUCUCUCUCUCUCUCUGAUUAGGAUGUGAAUAAAGGUAUUCCAGAUGACGUGGCCAUUAGCGGUGCUGUAAAAUGACAAUAAACUUUAAUCUUCUGAGGGAAGGGACAUAAACCUGGGACACUCCCUGAGAGUGGAAAACAGCAUCAGGAUUUACUGCUUGGGUUAUAUAAUAAAAAUGGUCAUCUGAUGUGCCAGUUGACAGGAUGUGGGUUGAGUGUCAUUAAAGGUGUUCUUGAACAAAAUAAAACUCUUAAUUUUAAUUAAA